CGAACAAAAUCUGAAAACGUAACAAGAAGUCGUAACCAUUGUGGGGGAUGGAGAGGAAGGAGCUCUGUCUACACACGCCAUCAUCAACGACUAGCUCUUUUUGAUUCCUCCGUUGUCGUCGUCGUUACGAUUUCAAUUUGAAGCGGGCGGGGAGGGUAAAGGAUGUCGGACGCUCUGAUAAACGGAUUGGCGGGAGCUGGGGGUGGGAUCAUUGCUCAACUCCUCACUUAUCCUCUCCAAACUGUGAAUACGCGCCAACAGACGGAGCGAGAUCUCAAGAGGGAGAAGAAGAAACUUGGCACUUUCCAACACAUGUGCCAGGUUGUGAAACAAGAAGGAUGGGGGCGACUGUAUGGUGGAUUGGCUCCGUCUCUAGUUGGAACCGCGGCGUCACAGGGUGUGUACUAUUACUUCUACCAAGUGUUUCGUAACCAAGUUGAAGCUGCUGCUCUUCGACAAAAGAAGAAAGGGUUGGGUGACGGAUCUGUUGGCAUGUUCUCUUCUCUCCUUGUUGCUGCCUUAGCUGGAUCAGUUAAUGUUCUUAUGACAAAUCCAAUCUGGGUGAUUGUUACACGCAUGCAGACCCACAAAAAAAUACCAAAAGGUCUGCAGACUGUCCCCGAGCCACCUUCUGCUGAUGUUGGAGCUCUUGUUCCAGUUGAGCCUCGUCCAUAUGGAACCGUUAAUACGAUUCAAGAGAUUUACGAUGAAGCUGGAGUGACUGGCUUCUGGAAAGGUGUAAUUCCGACAUUGAUCAUGGUUUGUAAUCCAGCAAUGCAAUUUAUGUUAUACGAGACAAUGUUAUCAAAGCUGAAGAAAAAACGUGCGCUCAAGGGUAGCACCAACGUGACGGCUUUGGAGACAUUUCUUCUUGGAGCUGUGGCUAAACUCGGAGCUACAGUCACAACUUAUCCUCUCUUGGUUGUAAAGUCACGACUUCAAGCCAAACAGGUCACCACAGGGGACAAAAGACAACAUUACAAAGGAACGCUGGAUGCGAUUCUGAAGAUGAUACGAUAUGAAGGGCUGCACGGGUUCUACAAAGGGAUGAGCACGAAGAUUGUUCAGAGCGUUUUCGCUGCUGCUGUGCUGUUCAUGAUCAAGGAAGAGCUUGUCAAGGGUGCUAAGCUUUUGCUCUCCAACGCCACUUCUAGCAAUGUCAAGUCCAAGCCUUCUUGAAGCUCAAUCCAACUAUAGGAUUUGGAAAUAAGAUUGAAAAAAAGAGAGGUUAAAUUGAACUUCCAAUAGUUUCUUGAUUAGUUAUCACACACUAUUGGAAUGCCAUGUUCAUGAUUAUUACAAUUUAGUAUUGUAUUUCUGCAAGAGUAUUGUGAUUUUUAUCAUUUUAUUUUUAUUCUUGGCCUCUGA